GGAAGUUUCUAUCCAUCGGGUGACGAUGGGGGUUAUAACAUGGUUGGGGAAGGUCCAGGUGAAGGGUUUAACAUAAACGUUCCAUGGGAUCAAGGACGAUGUGGAGAUGCAGAUUAUCUUGCGGCAUGGGACCAUAUCUUGAUUCCAUAUCUUGUCUCUAUUGGCUGCUCGAGAUGGAGAACUGGAGGCAAGUAGAAAAGAGUUAAAGGCCAAAAAGAAGGAGCUAGAAACAAAAGAGAAAGCGCGGCUAAUGUUGGUUCGGGCUCGGGAGGAUGAAAUUCGUGGUCUUCGUGCUAAAAUAGAAAGUUUGGUGCAGGAGCGAGAUGAGGCAGUAGUGAAAGCUGAACGCCUAGAUAAGGAACUCCAAGAUGAAAGGUUAAGAAGCCGAGUUGGGAAUGGAUCUUUUGCAUUGUCUCAGAAGUCCAAUGAAGACAUGGAUUCGGACGAGCUUGAACCCAUGUCUCAGGAGUUCAAUGAAGACAUGGACUCGGAAGAGCUCGAAAGCCAUGAGGACUUGAAGAAAACCUGGGAACGUAUUAGAGAAAACUUAAUAACAAGGAUGAAAAUUUUUAAGCAAGCGGGGGAUCUUACCAUCUUAGCAUCAGCUAUCACCAAUCGGUACCAAGUGUAUCGUCGAUGGGAGAGGCAGGGUACUCUACUAGGUUGGGAGCUUGAGGUCGCAGCAGAAGAAUACCACAAGUUUCGCGCGUGGCUUGAUAAGCUUGGGAAGAAGGACGAUUACCAUUCUGUAGAAGUGUAUGAGAAGUGGUGGAACGAUGUUCUUGCUAGCCAUCGCCCACCUGUGGUGACUCGUGAAGACGCCUCUUCCCCAACAGUCACAGUAAGCACUAAACGUAGGAAGCGGUAA